CGACGCGUGCACAUGACACACCAUAAAUUUGCUGUUUUCUGUUUUUUUUUUCAAAUGAAAAAUUUUGGUGGUUUCUUGAAUUCUUGGGUUCCAUUCUCCAACACAUUUCUCGUUCUUCACCAACGCCUCCAUUGCUCCAUCGCCGGCGCCUAUGGCCUCCUCAUUAUCGAAGAUCGCCGUCCUCAGACUUCAAUGCUCACUCCAUUCUUCCACAACUACUAUAAAACACACCAUCUCCGACCAACCCCUCCACCGCCGCGCACGCUUCAAACACCAUUCCCGGAAACCUAAGGAGUCGGAGCCUUCGACGGCGUCGGCAUCUUCCUCUUUCCAGCAACUCCGUCUGGUCCAGUGGUACCUCGGCGCGAUCAAGUCACGUCCGAUCGCAACCAAAAGCGCCACCGCCGCCCUCAUUUACUCCGCCGCCGAUAUAACCUCCCAGACGAUUUUUGGGGGAAUGGAAGAGUAUGAAUUGGUGAGAACUGUGCGUAUGGGUGGCUAUGGCAUGGUGAUACUGGGGCCGUCGAUGCAUUAUUGGUACAAUUUAAUGUCGAGAGUUUUCCCGAAGCGCGAUUUGUUGUCGACGUUGAAGAAGAUCGGUUUGGGGCAGGCAGUGUUCGGACCUGCCAUGACUGUUGUCUUCUUCUCUGUUAAUGCUGCUCUACAAGGUGAAAGCGGUGCGGAAAUCAUUGCUAGACUGAGACGUGAUUUGGUCCCUACAAUGGUGAACGGGAUAAUGUACUGGCCAGUUUGCGACUUUGUCACCUUCAAAUUCAUCCCCCUUCAUUUACAGCCACUGGUAGUCAACUCCUUCUCAUACCUAUGGACUAUUUACAUGACUUACAUGGCCAGUUUAGACAAACCAAGUUCAUGAAAGCACGAGGGAGGGAGGGAGACUUGCUGCUUUUCCUUCAUCAUUCUAUUUUCACUUCAUUGUAUUAUCUUUAUCAACUCCUACAUGUAAAUUGGUAUGUAACUAGUUUUUCCCACAUAAAUAAAGGAGCAUUUAAUCCUUCUUUCA